AUGGCUAGCAGCAACACGAACAACAACCACCAUCGCCUGUCGAGACUGACCGCGAAGCUGCUGCGACGACCGUCGACCUCCUCCUCCGCCAAGAACAUCUCCUUCUCCCCCUCUUCGACCCCUGGCGUCGACUCGCUGCCCGUGGAUGACCAGCCCGUUCGUGCCCACCCCGCCGAUGGUGCUGCCCGUGCCGACUCGACCGCAUCUCGGGUGAGGACCUCGUGGUGCAGCCUGGAGACCGUCGACGGCAACACCGCCGCCAACGGCCCCGACGAGAAACCCCAGAGGCAGACCGCCAACGACUCGCAUGCGACGCCUCAAGUGCUCCCGGAUCCCAGCCCAUGCGGCCAAACUACCACCCAAGCUUGCCCGGCCGCCCGUCUCUCAACCCAGCCCAAAGACGCGCUCUCUUCAACGCCAUUGACCGCCGAAGCCGCUCCCAAGAGAGGUCCCUGCCUCCGACGCCUCGAGGAAUCCAAUCUGGCCGGUGCCUGCAAGGAGGUGUUUCCGUCCGGUCGGUCCCUGUCCGUCCGGAGAUCGGAUUCUCGAUCCACUGCUCCCCGGACACUCAACGCUGUCGACGAGUCCGGUCAGGAUACGAACCUGCCAUCGCCUCUCUCCGUUCCUACUGCCAAACCGACUCCUGCUCCCCCCAACCCGCCUUCGCGUCCUCCACUCGCCGUUCGACGACAAUCUCUCGUCCCAGCGUCCCAGCAACGACUCAUAAAAACGCUUCUGGAACCUGGAGUCGUUGGAGCCGGUGGAGACUAUUUCUCUCGCGGAACCCCGUCCAUCCAGCCAGAUAUGAUCAGCAGGAAGGUAUGGGUCAAGCGGUCCGGCUCGUCCCCGACGCUGGUCUCCGUGACGGAGGAAGAUUUGGUGGAUGACCUACGGGAGGCAAUUUUAAGGAAAUAUGCCAACACUCUGGGACGUACCUUUGACGCGCCGGAUAUCAUGCUGAAGCUGGUACCACGAGAGCCGUCCAGCCGGCAGAGUAAUCCAGACCGUCUGUUAGGCCCUGAGGAGCCCGUUGGACGCACCCUGGACCACUAUUACCCCGGCGGCCAGACGGUCGGAGAAGCAUUGAUCAUUGAGAUUCCUCAGCGGCGCACUCCGAGGCCUUCACCGCGGCAUAACGUUUCGUACGUGCAUCCGGAUGACCUGCGCCCUGGUGAAGCCGAUGAGUACUUCCCUCCAAUGCACUCUAUACAAACGCCCAACGUUUCCAGCUCGAUAUCCACCGGGAGCGUGCCUAAUUCGCAUCAGCAUUCAAUAUCAGUCAUCACCACCGGCCAGCUACCACCCGUUCCUUCUCCCGGCAGCCGCGGAUCCUGGCAUAACCUUCAACACCGACCGAAAUUCCCUCGCCAACAUACCUCUUCUCCCACAAUCAUCGGCGCAACCCCUGCCGUGAACAACAUGACUGACACCGUCGACCAAUCUGUAAAUGGCGGUGUUGCUCCCGUUCCUUCGCCUCCAACUACCAGUACUCCUCCAGCUCCCGCUCCCGAACCACAGACAAAAUCAGUACAUACCCCUCCAGCUCGCGUCAACUCUCCUCGCCCAGUAACAAAACUCCGCAAAAUGAAGAAAAUGAGCAGCGGUGCUACUGUAGACUCCAGCCCUGCCUCGUCGAGCCUUCUAGACGGCACCGUCCCUCCAAUCAAUGUCCUCAUCGUCGAAGAUAACACGAUCAACCUCAAGCUUCUGGAAGCUUUCAUGAAGCGCCUCAAAGUCAGGUGGCAGACCGCAAUGAACGGCCGUGAGGCGGUUAACAAAUGGCGCGGUGGAGGUUUUCACCUGGUUUUAAUGGAUAUCCAACUGCCCGUCAUGAACGGUCUAGAGGCCACUCGCGAGAUCCGGAGGUUGGAGCGAGUGAACAAUAUCGGCGUGUUUUCAAAGGGUGUUGCUGCGACGUCACCACACGCGAUGGUCGAUACGAAGGGCAAUGACGUUUUCCCACCGAAACCGGAAGAUGUGCUCGAUAAAAAGUCGUCCGUCAAAAGCCCUGUUAUUAUCGUGGCACUUACAGCAAGCAGCUUGCAAAGCGAUAGAGACGAGGCCCUGGCGGCUGGAUGCAAUGAUUUCUUAACCAAACCCGUGAACAUGAUAUGGCUCGAAAAGAAAGUCACGGAAUGGGGUUGCAUGCAAGCCCUGAUCGACUUUGAAGGCUGGCGAAAAUGGCGUGGUUUCGAUUCGUCAACAUCAAGUGGUGUAUCGCAACAGUCUACCUCGACCGCUACUAUAACCGACGCACCCUUGACGGAUUCCCCUUCACCGCAUUUAACAACAUCAAAAUCUUCGCAAGGGAAUCACACCUCUACAGUGAACUCAACUCACGAUGAAAAGCCGUCUCAAGACCAGGGAGAGUCCAGUCCAGCACCAGCAUCGUCGAAACUCACAGGAACUUGCGUAUACCUCAAAGGUAGUGGAAAAGACUCGCGCACUAGUUCCACAUCGACGAUCGUGCCGAAUGGUGGCAGCUCUUCGACUGGGGCGUCACCCACACCGACACUGGCUGGGAGAACUCCUACAGCUGGGACUACGUCGGGAAUGACUUCACUGUCAUCCGUUAUCUCGUCCUCCGGAAAGAGAGGAAGUCGUGCCUCAACUCCUGCAAAGAACCACGCGCUGUGAAGCUAUUAGCCCGAUAAAUGCCCAUACCCCCCCUUUUCACCCUCCAUUUGUCUAAGUGGAUGUCACCAUCCUUUAGUAACGCCUUGUUUCUGUGGUUUCCUUGGAAACAGGACCUUUUUUGAAUGCAUCUAAUUACCUAUUUCGUUCUCCUUUUGGUUUCUACUACUCUAACCACUUUACAUUUUGCUUUCUGGCGUUGAAUCAGAUUGGUGAUGAAGCCAUUCUUGGGAAAUCUCAUUGUUUGUCUAUCUGCCUGCUUUUUGUCCUUGUUAUUUUUGUUCAAUUCUCUUCACAAAAAAAGGUACCUAUUCUCUCAGGAAAAAAAGGCAAAAAGAACCAAAAAAAGCAAUUUAUCCCGCAAAGUCCACUUUUGCUGUUAUUUUCUAUACAUAUGUCACACACAUGCACACAUAUACAUACCAGUAAGGUUGUUUUUCA